AGUACUACAUCAUUUUUCCUCCGCAUCUAUAAAAACAUGUACAAAAAUGGCCACAAUUUCCAAAAGAAAACAAAUGAAAUGGCUAAUGUUUCUAUUUCUUUAUUUUUUCUCUUCUUGUUACACCUAAUUAGUUACAUUAUUCCCACAAUUUCCCUACAAAAUUUAGAAAUCCCACCACCCUUACCAAUCCUCCCACUCCCUUCAUACUCCCAACUAAAAUGGCAACAAAGAGAGAUCAUCAUGUUCUUCCACUUCGGCGUAAACACGUUCACGGACUCCGAAUACGGUACCGGGCAAGAAUCCCCGACGAUUUUCAACCCGACCCGUCUGAACCCUAACCAGUGGCUCAGGGUUGCGGCUGAGGCGGGUGUAUCAUUGGCUAUUCUUACAGCAAAGCACCAUGACGGGUUUUGUUUAUGGUCGUCUAAGUACACCGACCAUUCGGUUGCUAAGAGUCCUUGGAAAGGCGGUCAUGGGGACGUUGUUCAGGAAUUUGUUAGUGCAGCAAAGGUGCAAGGAGUAGAUGUAGGGUUUUAUCUUUCUCCUUGGGAUCAACAUGACAAGAGAUAUGGUGAAGAGAAGGUGUAUAAUGAGUACUACAUGGCUCAAUUGCAAGAGCUUUUAACCAGAUAUGGAGAUAUCACAGAGUUAUGGGUAGAUGGGCACAAAGGUUCAGAUGUACCAAACAUGUCCUAUUAUUUUAAGGACUGGUUUGCCAUGGCCAAGGGGAUUCAAAGUUCAAUCAACAUAUUCUCAGAUGCCGGUCCAGACGUCCGAUGGGUGGGAAACGAAGACGGAUUGGCUGGGAACACUUGCUGGUCUACCAUCAACAGGACUUCAAUAACAAUUGGAAGUUCAAGCAUCGCUGAAUAUCUGAACACCGGAGAUCCUAAAGGAACAGACUGGUUACCACCAGAAUGUGAUGUUUCAAUUAGACCAGGGUGGUUUUGGCAUGAAUCUGAAGAACCAAAGAAAUUAAGUGAACUCCUACAAAUAUACUACACUUCUGUAGGAAGAAACUGUGUGUUACUACUAAAUGUGCCACCAAACUCCUCCGGCCUAAUCUCCGAAACUGACAGCAAACGGUUAACAGAGUUCAAGAACGCGAUCAACAAGAUUUUCUCCCACAAUUUAGCAAAGAAUUCCUCAGUAAAAGCAAGCAGCCAAAGAGGAGGAAAAGGGAGUAAAUUCGGGCCAGAAAACGUGCUCGACCCGGACCACUUAUGGACUUAUUGGGCUCCUAGUGAAGAUGACAGGAAUGAGAAAUGGGUUGAGAUAAGUUUAGAUGAUCAAGGGGUUAGAUUCAAUGUGGUCAUGAUCCAAGAGGCAAUCGGGCUGGGUCAGAGGAUCCAAAAGUAUGAGAUAUAUGUAGACGGGAACCGGGUUGUGGGUGGUACGACGGUAGGUUAUAAGAGGCUUCAUUGGUUAGGAGUUGAGGGUGUGCAUGCUAAGCGGGUGAAAAUUAAGGUAGUCAAGUCACGGGACGUGCCAUUAAUUUCGUCUGUUGGGUUGUUUUUUGACCCGUAUUGGCAUCCAAAAAGUAAAAGUAGGAAGAACAGAAAGAGACGGAGGAAGCAAUAUUAGUAGUUAAAAGUCAUUUCUCUUCAACUAUUAAUCAAUACUAAAAAUGUUAUACUCUACAAUAAUUGUAACAUGUAUCAUGUAAUUAUCUGAAGAUUAAGGUAGUCAAGUCACGGGAUGUGCCGUUAAUUUCUUCAGUUGGGUUGUUUUUUGACCCGUGUUGGCAUCCGAAAAGUAAAGUAGGAAGAACAGAAAGAGACGGAGGGAGCAUUGGAGCAAUAAUAGUAGUUAAAAGUCAUUUCUCUUCCACUAUUAAUCAAUACUAAAUAUGUACAAUACUCAUAGAAUAAUUGUAAUAUAUUAUGUAUCAUGUAAGUAUGUAACACUUCCUUUUGAA